AUGGCCAUCUUCAACACCCCCGACGCCUCAGUCGGCGCUCAGCAGCCGCCAAACGCGCCGGCCGUGGACAUUGAAGCAUGGACCGAGCAGGCCGUGCAAGCUCUGGCCACGGUGACGAUAUCCGCCGCUUCCCCCCUCCGCGGCACAUCCGCUCUUGAGAUCCCCCUCGACGACCACACCCACAAGCCCGAAGCCGGCGCCACGCCCGUCAAAGCCGCCGCGGCAGUGCGAUCGGGCUAUCCGCGCCGCGAGCCCCUCAGACGGGACAGCUUGAAGAGACGGGAGGCGCUGCUGAAGGGGAAGGAGGGGAGUCGGCGGAGGCAGCGGUGGGAGAAUGACCGGCUCCUGAGCAAUCCCCACGCGCAGCCGCCGCUGCCGAGCGACUGGGAGGUCCGCCCCACGUAUCCGGUGCACGCUGUGCCGUACUUCCUCGCGCCGCUUUGGGACGCCGAGAUGGAGGCUAGGAGUGCUGCGAGGAAGACCAAGGGCCGACAAGCUGUGAAGCGGACGGGCGGCAAGGAAGAAGAGGCCGCUGCGAAGGUGCCAAAGGAGAUUAGAGAGAAGCUGAAGAGGGCUCGAGGCGCGAAAGGCUUGUUGCAGGAUCUGGAAGACGAAGUGCGCCGUUUCGUGGAGAGAUGGGAGGAGAAGCAGAAGACGAUGGACCAGGAUGGCAUGGUUGAGCCGGACUCGGAGGACGAGGAGAUCGUUUUCGUCGGUAGGAACGGCCAGAUGAGCGAUAUGCAGUCGCCCAGGAGCUCGAGAGAGCUGCUGCCAAAGGACAAGCUGGUGUUUGAUAGCUUGGCUGAUGAUCACGGUGCGAGCUUUGGACGCUGGCUUGUGCACUCUAUUGGCACUUACUACGGCCUCCGCACUUGGUCCGUGACGACCGGCAAUCCUGCGCGGCGAGAAGCGUACGUCGGCAUCAAGGACACUAGGCUUAGAGCUGGCCCGUCGAUUGGGAGCUCGUUGCCCCGCCCUUUGUAUUGCAUGGUGUAA